CUUGGAAGAAGUAAAACUUCACCUGGAUAAAUAAAAAAAAAAAACUCAAAACCAUUCAAGAUUUUCAAAAUUCAAAACCGCAAAGGCCGGCACCAACAUAUCACUCUCCCCAUCUCACAUGUUGACUCCACAUCUUUUUUUCUUUUUUCUUUUGUAUAGUAGUAAACUAAUAAUAAAAAUAUGAUCAAAAAUAACACAAUAAAAAGGAUUAAUCAACUACUUUGUCGGGUUAAUAAACAGGGCAAUGUGCACUUAUAUUCAAUUCCAAAACCAUUAAAGACGCCAUAGUUCCAAUUUGGAAAUUACGGAGAUCCCGAUUUCCUAACUCUGUGAUUCAGACCAAACCCAUCAUUUUCAUCUCUCUUUAAAUACUCAAGAAAUCGACAUUGAAGAAUUUGUCAAACUCCCAAGUGUUUGAAUCCUAACUUUCACCUACUUUUUCAGAUAAGGGGGGCAGGCAGGUCUUAACUCUGUGGCGUCAUUGAUUAGUUGAGCAUUUACACUAUUGUAGCAGCAAGAUCAUCUGAAAAAAAAAAAAAUCCCUUCUUUCUUUUCUUCCUUCUUUUUUCUGCUUUUUCAGAGAUUCAUUUUUUCUGGGAUCAGUUCAAAGAUUCAUCAUGUCCUCCAUCCUAGGCGGCAGCAGCAGCAGCAGUACUGGGAAUAUGGGAUCAUCACCAUUUUUCCAUGAAUUCAAGAAACAGGCUUCUUUCUUCCUCAAGGAGAAGAUCAAGACUGCCAGAUUAGUUCUUACUGAUGUCACUCCAAUUCAGUUGUAAGUCUUUCUUUUCUCUUGUCCAAUUAAUCUCUGAGAUUAUUAUAAGUGAUUGUUGUUUAUCUGGGUUGUCUGAUGUUGGUACUGUAUACUAGUAUUCAAAUAUGGUGGUAUGCUUUGUUGUUUUCAAACAGGUUGACUGAGGAAGCUACAAAUGGAAAUCCAGGGGUUCCAGACACUCGUACCUUGAAGAUGAUAUCAAAGGCUGCUUUUGAAAUCGAUGAUUACUGGAGAAUUGUGGACAUCUUGCACAAGAGGUUCUUCCUCAGAUCUUGUUUUCACCAUUCUUGUUAUUUGUGUUGAUAAAAAGGACAUCAGAAAAUAGUAGUGUAUGUAUGUGUAUUGUCUAAUCAUACACUAUUAGAAAAAGAUACACACACAGUGAAUCACCGAAAUGAAGACUUAAUUGCUGUAAAAAUUAAAAAGUUGCAAUUUUUGGCAUGUUUUUCCUUACACUGAUGUUGUUUGGUUCAGAUUGAUGAGUUUUGAUAGAAAAAGUUGGAGGGUAUCAUACAAGGCAAUGAUUGUGUUAGAACACUUGUUGACUCAUGGACCCGAGAGGGUUGCUGAGGAGUUUCAAGUUGAUAUUGAUGGUAUUAAAGAAACAGGGGAUUUGCAAUACGUUGAUGAGAAAGGAUUCAAUUGGGGUCUUCAAGUAAGGAGAAAAUCUGAGAAGAUUUUGGAGCUGCUUGAGAACCGGGCUCUUCUCAAAGAAGAGCGCAACAGAGCCAGGUCUAUAACACGAGGAAUUCAAGGUUUUGGCAGCUUUUCUGUUAGGAGCUCUUCUUCUUCUUCUUCAGAUGAUCAAGUAGUUCUCCAGGAAAUAGAAUCAUCAACCCUCAAGUCAUUUGCAAAGUGCAAUUCUCAAUUUCACGAGCAUGGAAAUGAGAAAGAGAACAUUUCGUUGUUCGAUUAUAGCGAUGCCACCAACGGAAAGCUGAAGGAAAAACAGGAGAACAACAGUGAGAACCCAGUUUCUCUGCACAAAUUAUAUGAUGAAGGGAAACUUGGAAAUGAGAAUACUCUUACAAGUUUUAAGGAAAACCGGACCCCAAAGGGCUUGGACGAGGAAUGGGAUACAGCAGAUGAGUCGAACGCACUUUUGAGUAAUAAUCAGAAAGAUGGAGAUUCCAGGUUAAUGAUACAGGGUAUCUCCUUCGAAGAUGAUGAUGAUCAUCCUUUUAAUCUCGGUGAGCAGUUAAACAAAAAAGUUUCAUUGCUCUCAACAAAUGAUCGCGUCCUUCGAGCAUUCUGAUAAUAAGUAGUACGAAUAAUUGUAGGAACUCUGCCCUUGCUUCACUUACCACCCCUUGUGGUUUUACAAGCAGAAAAUUCAGUUUAUUUUUUGAAGUUGUAUUCAUGUUGUCUACAGAUUGGCAGUGAUGAUGUUUGGUUGAAUUGUUGACUAUGCACUAAUAAAAUUAGUCACUUGCCAGCUCUUAUACUAUUUGCUUAACUUCCAGGAUGAUCAACAACAACAUCUGUUAUCAUAUUCUCACCUGUUUAUAUCUGUUAUGUUCCCCAACCCUAACUUCUAAGCCAUAUACCGUUCUCGGUGUCUCUAUUGCCAUCCCUUUCAAUGAAAACUGGAGCAAAUUUGCCAGAAAGAACAACUGCAUUAUAGAACCUCAGCACCCAGCAGACUCAACUUUUUCAGUCUUGUUUAAUGACCCGCUCACACGAGUAAUUCACAAGACUGGGGCCUUGUGAAAAUUCAUCAAUAAUCUAGAGGAUAAACUGAGGCUUUAGAAGAUACUAAUGAUUAUUAGCUUUUGCGGCCUCUCUGCGAAGAACUAACUAAUGAUUAGAAGCUUUUGCCAAGUUUUGGGGACCAAGCUUAUCAUCUGUUUUCAAGAUAUCUGAGAAUUGGAAAUGAACUUAAGACUCCCAAUUCACCACCCUGUUUUCAGUGUGCCACGGACUCUCCUGGAAAUGCAUUUUCUUCUAGUUUAAGAACUUCCAGAUGUGUGGGGAAGCUUUUCUCUGAUGGAACAUUCGUCAUUGGUCAUCAAUGUCAUCACAGCCUCGCAGGAACUAACUGAGUG